AUAAACGACAUGUCGUUUUAUCAAUGUCUUUCUACUUCUUCUACCAUAGACGUUUGCAAACUCCAGCCUCCACCAUACAACGGCGGCGCGUGUUCGCCAAUCGCUCGUCUGUGCUAACCUGGCUUUGCUACCAUUAGAGUUACAGGGAAGAAGAAGCUGGCUUUUCCAUGGCGAUUCGCUUAUUUGUUGCUGAUAUCAGAAGCUUCAUGCUUCAACUGGAUGUGAAAAAUUGUCUUAGGAGAUCAAUAUGUUCUUACAAUAGUUCACUAAUGGCAGAUGAGUCCUCCAAUGAAUUCAUACCGAGAACCAAAAGCGAUUUCAAGGGCAAGAUUUUGAGGCUCAAGUACCCUUUUGGUUGUGCAGCCACUGUGCUUGAGAACUGGGUUGAUCAUGGCUAUAAGGUUUCCUUUCAUGAACUUCGUCGCUUAUCCACCCAACUCUUGAAGCUGAAACGCCACAACCACGCUCUCCAGAUAAUGAACUGGAUGGAAACUCAAAACGGGUUCUUAAUGUCACCAACAGAUCAUGCCAUGAAGAUGGAGUUAAUCAUCAACAUCAAGGGUCUAGUGGAAGCUGAAGAAUAUUACAGAAGCAAAAUCUCAGGCACUGCAUCGCGUAAAGCUGCUAGCUUUUCUCUUCUCCGGGGUUAUGUUAAGGAAAGGGACACUGAGAAAGCUGAGGCUUUCAUGUCAGAGUUGAAUGGCUCUGGACUGGUUGUGAACUCUCAUCCGUACAAUGAGAUGAUGAAGCUGUACAUGGCAACCUCUCAAUUCGGAAAAGUACUUCGUGUUAUACAGGAAAUGAAGCAUAACAGAAUACCCUUGAAUGUUUUGUCCUACAACCUUUGGAUGAAUGCCUGUGGUGAGAUAUCUGGGGUCUCUUCUGUUGAGAUGGUUUACAAAGAAAUGAUUCGAGAUGAUGGUGUUGAGAUUGGAUGGAGUAGUCUUUCAACUUUAGCUAAUGUUUAUAUGAAAGCAGGGCAUUUUGAAAAAGCUAGUUUGGCUCUUAGAAAGGCUGAGGAUAAACUGUCAAGCUUUAAUCCUCUUGGUUAUAACUUUCUCAUAACACAGUAUGCCUCGUUGAACAACAAGAAUGAAGUUCUUCGGGUUUGGAAUGCUCGUAAAGCAUUAAGUGAAAGAAUCAAUUGUGCAGAUUACAUGUGCCUAAUGCUGUGCUUGGUAAAGCUAGGUGAGAUCAAAGAAGCUGAGAGAGUUUUCAUGGAGUGGGAAUCCAACCGUCGUAAGUUUGAUAUUCGGGUUUCAAAUAUCCUUCUAGGUGCUUAUGUUAGGAAUGGGUUGAUGGACAAAGCUGAAUCAUUUCAUCUCCAAACAUUGGAGAAAGGGGGAUGCCCAAAUUAUAAAACUUGGGAGAUCCUCAUGGAAGGGUGGGUGAAAACCGAAAAGAUGGAGAAAGCCCUUGAUGCAAUGAAGAAAGCAUUCUCUUUGAUGUGACAUUGCCAUUGGAGGCCAUCAGAUGGUGUUGUAAUGGCCAUAGCAGAGUAUUUCGAGAAGGAAGGGGAUGUUGAAGGUGCGUGUUGGUAUGUCAAGGCUAUCCACGAUUUGGGUUUCGCGAGUUUGCCAUUGUAUAAAUCUUUGUUGAGGAUAUACAGUUAUGCUCAGAAACCAGCUUUAGAUAUUCUAGAAAUGAUGGAGAUUGACAAGAUCAAAAUGGAUGAUGAGGCUUAUGACCUCACUCAAGCCAUAAGUGGUAAUAAAGUUCACAACUUCUCAACGAUUUGUGAGUGAAAAUUCUUAGGACAUUUAGCUCUAUAAAAUCACCCUCAUUCAACCAUUUGAAACCAUCUCUAUUCAGAUUCGGGUUAGAACUGCAUAACAUCUUUGUUCGGAUUGGAAAGAAACUCAUGAUUGUAUGCUUCAAAGACCAAUGAAGUCUCAUGGGAAAAGGACUUACUUACAUUCCAAGCAACUUGACACAGCCCUUAGCCAUUGUUAAUUGCUCUUUCUCAAACAUAUUAGGGUGUGAAUUUAUAUAUAUAUAUAUAUAUGACGGGGUUACUAGAUAUUAAUUGUUAACAUGAAAGAAUAUACAGUUCUUCGAGAAUGUAUCACUCUGGGAAUUCGAUACAAAUUAUGAUCUGCAGAUAUUUUGAUUUCAACAAA